GUCUAUUAUGCUCCCGCGAUAGACAACUUUGAUAAUUCCUCUCUUGACACUUUCACGAGCUAAUCAGUUUUUCUUUGUUCGAGAUAACCCAGCGACUCUAUUGAUUGUUGUGCAGGGUCAGUUUAGUGAAAGAGACCGUCAGGUUACACGAUCGAUCGACUUAGUGGUUUGAGUGGUUAUAACGCUUUACCCGUUUCGGCGAAUCGCUGGAAGGUUCUAACAGCAGAAGACGUUUCUCUCGUAGCUCGCGCUCCGAUUUGUUCCUCGACUCUUUUCAUCAAUUUCAUCCUUUUGCGGUGGCUUUCGAUGUUUAUCGGAUAAAAUUGAAAAAUAUCGAUAACGCGGUGAUGUAUCGUCGCGUGCGUAUCAAUUAUCGGCGUUAUUACCAUUGAUACUCCAAAUAUCGAUGAAAUAUCGGCCAGGACUAAGUACUCCGAAAGAUCCAGACUCUCGAGACAAAAACGGAAUACACUAACAAAAUUUUCAGCACACUGGAAAAUGCCCCCGAAAUGCAAAUUCCAAGAAGGUGAAAAAGUUCUGUGCUUUCAUGGUCCACUCAUAUAUGAAGCUAAGUGUCUGAAGUCUUCCUUCUCGAAAGAUGAAAAGCAGAUAAAGUAUUAUAUACACUACGCUGGUUGGAAUAAGAACUGGGAUGAGUGGGUACCUGAAGAACGAGUACUGAAGUUCAACGACACAAACGUGCAGAAGCAAAACGAAGUACGGAAAGUGCAUGAACAGGCGAGCAAUAAGCAGAAUAGGAAAAGUGGUGGUACAUCCAAAGUUCAAGGUAGACGGAGCGAAGGAGGUAGGGACAAGGAAAAAGACAGUGACAGCAGAGCGAGCACACCUGUGGCACUUCUGGAGAGAACACCCAGCAGAGCCAGUAAGUCUGGAAGUGCACUCACACCGACGUCCUCAAGCGAUUCACCACUGGAGGCACCACGCAAAAAACGAGGGCGACCAGAGCCUUCGGAUGAAGCAGAAGAGUAUACAGUUAAACAACAAAUUCAUAUAACAAUACCUGAUGAUUUGAAGUAUCAUCUAUUGGAUGAAUGCGAUGUUAUAACAAAACAAAAGAAGCUGCCUUCUUUGCCUAUGAGUAUUACUGUAGAAAAAGUUUUAAACGAUUACAUAGAAGCAAUUGAAAGUGGAAAGAUUAAUGGUGUAAACAAGGAAAGUGCUAUAGAAGUGACAAAGGGUAUACGGGAAUACUUUAAUGUAUCCAUAAAUAUACAACUUUUGUAUUCUUGGGAGAGGCCACAAUUUGAAGAUAUGGUGCCUGAAGACUCUGAUGUCUUACCAAGUAGUUUAUAUGGACCCUAUUAUCUAUUACGAUUAUUUGUUAAACUCGGAGACAUGUUGUCUUAUACCACGUUUGACGAAAAAAGUACUCAGCUAUUAUUGACACAUUUUCAUCAUUUCCUCCAAUACUUGCAAAAUAAUAGUGCAAGUAUAUUUCAACUGCAAGAUUAUAAGGACCCUUUGCCAGAUUAUAAUAAAAAGUUUGCAAAAUAGUUGUAUGAAAAUGGAGGAUUAAGUUUAGCAUCUUGUAAGCAAAGAAGACUGCAAAACGUUAUGGGAUAACGUUAUUUUUUAUCUCGUUCAAUACAGCGAAAUUAUAUAUUUUUUUAAUGGACGAAUUAUAUACAUACAAAUUAUAUUAUUUUAUGUAAAUAGUAAUGAUUGGUUUUCAGGAUGAAUUCAUUUUGGUGCCUUGCAAAAGAGACAUUAUUUUGAUGUUUUUUUUUACAUCAAUAGUAAUAAAAUGUUUUAAAAUAUUAGACCUAAAGAACAGUGUAGUGCUUAAUUUUUAAUUUUAUUAAUGUAAUUCAUAAUGAAUCAUGUGAUAAGCACCAAUAAGCGUAAUUUGUCCUGAAAAUCAUCGCAUAAUGACAACUUUUAAAAAAAAUGAAUUUAAAAAAUGAUUUGAAAGUCAAAAUUGACGCGAACAAAUAUGAAAUUUCCAUGGAAGCAUUCAACUUUACCGAAUGCAGAGUACUCUGCGAAUUUUGCAAACUUGAAAAAAUCCAAUCAACAAGCUAAACAAUUAUACAAGAUCAACAGAAGUGUGAUAUUAUUACAUGUAAACCUAUUUAUUAUAAACUUCAAUUACCGUAAGAGAUGUAAUACUACAAAAAUCAUAUCUCAUCAAUAUAGCAUGAUCAAAUUGUCCUGCUCAUGAAUGCAUUUUUCAUGGCAACUUGUACAACUAUUCAGAGCGUGUAACUUACAAAUUACCUCUGCUCUUCAUAAACAAAAAGUAUAACGACGAGGAAGAAAAAAUGAUAAUAAAAAAAGAAAUAAGCGCACGAA